AUGCCGUCUCAACCCCGCCUCAAGGUGCUCACAGCCAGCAGCAACAGCAUCGCCUCCUUUGAAUCCUUCCCCCUCCUGCCCGCCCUAGAGCACCUCCGUGUGGAUGACAACCCAAUAGAGGAGACGCCUGCUCCGCACUUUGCGGCCAUUCUGCUCGCCGCCUCCUCCCUGCUCUCCUUCAACUCCUCAGCCAUAAGUGAGGAUGACCGUGCGGCGGUGGAGGAAGCAGGAGGAGGGCACGGGCCCAUGUGUGUGUGCAUGGGAUGGCUACCACCAUCCUCUUUGAUCUCCGACAUACCAGCCUCGCUGGUGUCGUUCCUUGCCACCCAGUGGGCACCAUUGCUCCCUGCCGGCUACACCCUCGCCUCGCUGCUGCUCGACAGGCCCAUAGAGGACCGCCCCUGCCACUGCCGCCUGCUGCUGCAGCGCUCCAGUGCUGGGACACGGACGAGGGGAGAUGGGGGCGAGGAUGGGGGUGAGGAUGGGGGGAGUGAUGGGGGGAAAGAUGUGGAGGAGGAUGAGGGGGAGAAUGUGGGAUUUUCAGUCGAAGAUGAGGGAGUAGGGUCAAGGGAGAGGGGAAAGGAGGGGGAGGGAGUUGACGAGGAAGCAUCGGAGUCUGCGGGUGUGGCGAUGCGGUAUGAGUGGCUGCGGCGGGGCAAAGGGGCGAUGGAGUUCACUGCCAUUCCCGAUGCUGAAGGGGAGGUGUACACGCCCUCCUUCUCGGACGUGCAUGCAUGUCUCGCUGUGCGCUGCACCCCGCUGCUCCACGGCCAGCCCUGCACGCCCCUCCUCCUCACCACACCGCCGGUUGUCCCUGGCCCGGGCAUACCACGAGUGCACCACGUGUCGUUGGGAGGGGAGGCGGUGGAGGGCGGUGUGCUGACAGCCAUGGUGGAGGUGGGGUGGAGCUCGGGCGAGCCAGGGCCGUGCCAGUACAGACUAGUGCCAGUGGGCGAGGGCAGGGAGUACGCAGUGCAGGCGGAUGACGUGGGCUGCCACCUGCUGCUGCGCUACACGCCAGUCGCCUCCUCAGGUCUGAUAGGAGAGCCGGUCACAGCACGCUCGCCCAUCAUCUGCCUCCCCCUGCCGCGAGCCACCGACGUGGCAAUAGAAGGGCCACUGGUGGAAGGUGGGGAGGUGCGGGUGCGAGCGCGGUUGCAGUGGGCAGAGGAGGGGCGCAGCGAGGUGGAAUGGUUCUUCACUCACACGCCCCACUCCCUCUCAACUGCGGACCUUCAGCCCAUCACUGCUGAGACCCCCAACUCCAUGGACGAGGACGGCCAGCCGGGGCCACACGGCGAGCUGGUAGAAGACGAUGACGGCGAGCAGCCCCGGAUGGCGGGGGGCGGCAUGAGUCGGCACGUGCCGUCCGCAAGUGACGUGGGCUGCUUCCUCUCCUUCCGCGUCACCCCUGUGCGAUCCGACGGGGCGGUCGGCACCCCCCAGGCCGUCUGCACGGCGGGCCCGAUCCGGGCGGCGCUGCCGUCCGUUAGUGACGUGUGGGUGGAGGGCGAUCUGGUGGAGGGCGGGCGGCUGGUGCCCAGAUGGACGUAUGCGGGCGGCAGGCAGGGCAACACGCGCGUGCAAUGGUUCUCGAUGCUGCCUGACAUGAGUGACAGGCGCCGCAUACACCCCCUCAACCACCAGGGGGAGGAGGAGGGGGAGGAGGAGGGGGGGCUGCGCGUGGGGGCGGAGGAGGUGGGGCGGGUGGUGGUGGUGGUGUGCGUGCCAGUGAGGGACGAUGGGGAGGAGGGCGCUGCUGUGGAGAGCGGUCCUGUUGGGCCCAUCAUGGCAGCCCCUCCAGUGUGUGUGCGUCUGGAGGUGGAGGGCGAUGUGAGGCCUGGAGGGGUGCUCACCUGCCGCGCGCUCUACCAUGGCGGGCAGCAGGGCGAGUGCAGGGUGGCGUGGGUGAGAGUGACGCCCUCAGGGGAGGAGCAGCUCGUCGGGCGGCAAGGCACGUACAGGGUGACAGCGGAGGACGUGGGGAGUCGCCUGCGAGUGGAGUUCACUCCUGUGCGGGCCGAUGGGGCCGCUGGGGAGGUGGCUGCUCUCACCACCGAUACAGUCACACCAGGUGCUCCUGUCAUGGAUGGCUGCUUAGUCACCCCAGUUAGUCACCCCAACCGCCGUGUGUGUAUCAGUGUGUUGGAGGGGGGCGUGCUGCAGGCAGGCGGGGAGAUGCUAGAGCGCGCUGCAGUGGGGGAGAGGGGAGGGGGGGAGAGGGGAGUGGAGGAGAGGGGAGGGGGAGAAGGCGGGCUGGGGGAGGGGAGAUCAGGGGAGGGUGGAAGGGGAGAAGGGGGGGCGGGGGAGGGGGACGUAUGGGUGGCGUGGUACAGGCAGGGGCGGGACGGGCGGAUGGAGCGGAUAGAAGGGGCAGAGGGGCGCACGUAUGUGCCUCAGGAGGCUGACUAUGGCUGCUGUGUGGUGGCGGGCUGUCGCCUGCGGCUAUCUGAUGGCACAUGGGGCGAUGAGGUGCUCUCUGCUCCGGGGCCCAUCGUGCUGCCAGAGCUGUCGGACGAGGAGGCGGUGUCACUGGAGGUGGAGGGGAGAGCAGAGGUGGGUGCAGUGCUGCACGCCCUGCAUGCCUGCUGCACGCCCUGCAUGCUGUGCCGCCUGCCCUUGAGCCAUUCGUCACAGCCAUUCGCGCGUGUGGACCAAGGCGCACGCGUGGACCAAGGCGCACGCGAGGACCAAGGCGCACGUGUGGACCAAGGCGCACGCGUGGACCAAGGCGCACGUGUGGACCAAGGCGCGCGCGUGGACCAAGGCGCGCGCGUGGACCAAGGCGCGCGCGUGGACCAAGGCGCGCGCAUGGACCAAGGCGCGCGCGUGGACCAAGGCACGCGCGUGGACCAAGGCACGUGCGUGGACCAAGGCGCGCGCGUGUACCAAGGCGCGCGGGUGGACCAAUUCGCGCGCCCGGACCAAGGCGCGCGCCCGGACCAAGGCGCGCGCCCGGACCAAGGCGCGCGUCCGGACCAAGGCGCGCGCCCGGACCAAGGCGCGCGACCGGACCAAGGCGCUCGACCGGACCUAGUCGCGCGCCCGGACCAAGUCGCGCGCCCGGACCAAGGCGCGCGCCCGGACCAAGGCGCGCGCCCGGACCAAGGCGCGCGCCCGGACCAAGGCGCGCGCCCGGACCAAGGCGCGCGCAUGGACCAAGUCGCGCGCCCGGACCAAGUCGCGCGCCCGGACCAAGGCGCGCGCCCGGACCAAGUCGCGCGCCCGGACCAAGUCGCGCGCCCGGACCAAGGCGCGCGCCCGGACCAAGUCGCGCGCCCGGACCAAGGCGCGCGCCCGGACCAAGGCGCGCGCCCGGACCAAGUCGCGCGCCCGGACCAAGGCGCGCGCCCGGACCAAGGCCCGCGCCCGGACCAAGUCACGCGCCCGGACCAAUUCGCGCGCGCCCGGACCAAUUCGCGCGCGCCCGGACCAAGUCGCGCGCCCGGACCAAGGCGCGCGCCCGGACCAAGGCGCGCGCCCGGACCAAGUCGCGCGCCCGGACCAAGGCGCGCGCCCGGACCAAGGCGCGCGCCCGGACCAAGGCGCGCGCGCCCGGACCAAGGCGCGCUCCCGGACCAAGGCGCGCUCCCGGACCAAGGCGUGCUCCCGGACCAAGGCGCGCGUCCGGACCAAGGCGCGCGCCCGGACCAAGGCGCGCGCCCGGACCAAGGCGCGCGCCCGGACCAAGGCGCGCGCCCGGACCAAGGCGCGCGCCCGGACCAAGUCGCGCGCCCGGACCAAGUCGCGCGCCCGGACCAAGUCGCGCGCCCGGACCAAGGCGCGCGCCCGGACCAAGUCGCGCGCCCGGACCAAGUCGCGCGCCCGGACCAAGUCGCGCGCCCGGACCAAUUCGCGCGCCCGUACCAAUUCGCGCGCCCGGACCAAGUCGCGCGCCCGGACCAAGGCGCGCGCCCGGACCAAGGCGCGCGCCCGGACCAAGGCGCGCGCCCGGACCAAGUCGCGCGCGCCAAGCGCGCGGGACCAAGGCGCGCGCCCGGACCAAGGCAGGCUGCAGGCACAGAGGAGGCUCGUGGUAUGCAGGGGGCGCAGCAGCGGGGUGAGGCUGAGGGGGCCGUGCUGCUGGAGGGCGGCAGGGGAGGGGCACAUGCCAGGCAUGAGCGAGGGGGGGAUGAGCGAGGGCAGGAAGGGUUGGAAGGUCGCGUGGGGGAAGGGCACGAGCAAGUGCAUGGAGGGAUUGAAGGCAUAAGGGGAGGCUAUGAGGAUAAAGGAGAAGGCAGACGGGAGAGCAGAGCGUCGGCAGAGGCAGAGAGUGCAGGGUCCCGCCCUGCGGCCACCCCCCAAGCCUCAGAAAGAAGCACCACGCUCUGUAUAUCAGGAGGGCCCUACCACACGUCGCUCUUCCACCUGCACCUCCCGCCGUCUCCUCCCGCACCUGCCUGGCUGCGCCCCUCCUCCUGCCGUAUCCAAUGGUUCCGCGUGCCCCCAGGGGGGUUCCAUGCCUUAGAUCCCCACCCCAUACCCGGUGCAACGGGCACAACAUAUCAGGCAGACGUGGCAGACGCACAUCACCCCCCCUCUCUCUUUCUAACCUUCUCCGCCUCUUUCCCGCUCGAGCCUCUUGCGCUGUUCACUACACACUGCUCCGCCUUUAAUCCAGCCUCUCUCCCUGCGCUGUUGCAUCAUUCACUUGUGCCUACUCUCCCCUGUGCCCACUCACUCUCCCCUGUGCCCACUCACUCUCCCCUGUGCCCACCAGACCCCGCAGUGGCGAGGGAUGUGGAUCUCAUAGUGGCAGCAGGCAGCACCAAAGUGGAGACGCACGACAUCGGGCGGUCAGGCCGGAGGGAGCACCGAGUGGUGGACGCCAGUAGAAAUCGGUUCAAAGUGGUGAAGCUCACAGCGCUCGCUGCCAUCAACAGAGUGGAAGUCAGAGCAACCUACGACCCGCCCUUCAGGGUGGAAACAGAACCAGGCGAGCGGGAGCGCAUGCGGGUGGUGGUGAGCGCAGACAAGGAGGUGGAGCUCACGCUUCCCUCGCAGCGAGCCCGGGAUGUCAUGGUACUGUGCCUGCGUGCGUUCAUGCAGCUGCACCGCACUGCCAAGCACCAUUAG